CCGCUCCACGCGCUCAACCCCGUGCGCGUCGGCUACAUCACCGACCGCGCCGACGUCGCGGGCGCGACCGUGCUCGACGUCGGCUGCGGCGGCGGCCUGCUCUCGGGCGCGCUCGCGGCCGCGGGCGCCUCCGUCACGGGCGUCGACGCGUCGGCGGGCGCGCUCGACGCCGCGCGGCGCGCGGCGCCGGGCGCGGCCUUCCUCCACGGCACGCCCGAGGACCUCGCGCGCGACGCGCGCCACUGCGGCGCCUACGACGUCGUCUGCGCGCUCGAGGUCGUCGAGCACGUCGCGGACGCGCGGCUCUUCGUCGAGUCCGUCGCCGCGCUCGCGCGGCCCGGCGGCGACGUCUUCGUGUCGACGCUGAACCGGACGCCCGCCGCCUACGCGCUCGGCGUCGUCCUCGCGGAGUCGGUCCUCGGCCUCCUGCCCCCGGGCACGCACGACUGGUCCAAGUUCGUGACGCCGCGGGAGCUCGCGGCCCUCCUCGGCGAGAGCGGCUGCGCCGUCCAGGACGCGAGCGGCGUGCACUACGUGCCC